AUGGAAGAAGAUACCUCUUCACCCCUCGGCUUUCCUGGUCUAGCUGUCCUCGCCACCCCACCCCGCGUCCUGCCUCUCUCUCCCCUCCCUCAUCCCCACCACCCAAAGUCAACCAUGGCCACCGAGGACAAGCUGAACGACUACGACUUCACCGGCACUGACGCCGGUGCGUCGCACACCAUCCCCUCGGAAGCCGGCCAGAUCCGCAAGGGUGGCUACAUCGUCAUCAAGGGACACCCCUGCAAGGUGGUUAACGUGUCCACCUCCAAGACCGGAAAGCACGGCCACGCCAAGGCUAACUUCACGGCCACCGACAUCUUCACCGGCAAGAAGCUCGAGGACGUCAUCCCCUCCACGCACACCACCUCCGUGCCCGUGGUCAGCCGCAACGAGUACCAGCUGCUCGACAUCUCCGACGACGGGUUCUGCUCGCUCCUUACCGAGGAGGGCGACACCAAGGACGACCUGCAGCUGCCCACCUACCCCGAGGGUUUCGGAAACGAGAUCAAGGCCAAGUUCGAUGAGGGAGCGACCCUGUGCGUGACCGUGAUGGCCGCCAUGGGCCACGAGCAGAUUGUCACCUAUAAGGAGGAGUCCGGCUAAGACGUGGCUCGACUUGACUUGACGCGGUGUAACAGCUCACGAGAGAGAGAGGGAGAGGAGGAAUAAGAAAGAGACUCAACCCGGCUUUUUCGUCAACACAGGAAGGAGGACACGUUUUUAACUGGUACAUUUGCUGUUGCGGCUGCGCCAGUGCCGAUCGCAGAAAGAAAGAAAAGAGGGGAAAAAAAGGUUAA